CAAGUAUUACUUAAUCUAUGUGCUAUCGUUAAAUACAUCAGAGAUAUAUUUAAAAUUUUCUUAUUUAACAACUUUAUGGUAGGGUAGUCUGUUUACCGCACAAAUGACAAUACAGUGUUUAAUUAGAGUGCGGGAAACGUAUCAAAUCUAUAGACCAUGAUAAUUUAAACAUUUGGUUAGAGAUAAGACCGGUCAUACGUAACAAUAUUCAUCUGUUAAACAACUUCUCAACAUAAUUUACAUCUUCAUUAUACAUUCAUUCUUUAGGUGAGUAUUGUCCAACAUUUUUUGUUUUACAAUUGUACUACUUGUAGUGUGUGCAACAUGUGGACUACUACCAUAAAAUGGUCGGUAGUUUUUUUCUUUGCCUUGGCGCAAGCUCAAAAUUUAACGACAACUCCUAGAGUACGAGUGGAAUCUGGAGAAUUGGCUGGAGGUUUCGUAAAAACUAUUAAUGGUCGGCAAGUGUACUCUUUUGUUGGAAUACCCUAUGCCAGUCCACCUGUACACAAACACCGGUUUAAGGAACCUCAACCAGUAAAACCUUGGGUAGGUGUAUGGAAUGCAACGAUCCCUGGUAGCGAUUGUAUAGGAUUAUUACAUAAAGAUCAAAUAUCUGUAAUUGGUCAAGAAGAUUGUCUUUAUCUUAAUGUAUACACACCUAAAUUACCUCAAAACGGUCUUUUAAAUGGAGGUCUUAUGGAUGUGGUUGUUUAUAUUCACGGAGGAGCGUUUCAAUUUGGAUCUGGAUCACAGUACGGUCCAGAAUAUUUUCUGGACUCUGAAGACAUGGUACUCGUCUUUAUAAAUUACCGUUUGGGUCCAUUUGGAUUUGCCUCAUCAGGAGACGACAUAUUACCUGGUAACAAUGGUCUUAAAGAUCAAGUAGCCGCAUUGAAAUGGAUUCAACGAAAUAUAGUGUCCUUUGGGGGUAAUCCAGGAUCAGUCACUAUUGCUGGAAUGUCAGCUGGCGCAGCAAGUGUCAAUUAUCAUAUGGUGUCGCCAAUGUCUAUGGGCCUAUUUAAUAAAGCAAUUGGUAUGAGUGGAAGUGCUCAUUGCCACUGGGCAUAUAGUGAAAAUAUUGUAGAAAAAACAAAACAGUUAGCUGAAUUCUUGGGAUGUCCAACGUAUUAUUCAAAAGACACUAUCAAAUGCCUUCGUUCUAGACCAGCAGUGGCUAUUGCAGAAUCUGUAAAAAAUUUCAUGCCAUGGAGAUUCAACCCAUUUACGGUUUUUGGUCCUUCGGUAGAGCCAACUGGUGCCGAUCGUUUUUUACCAGAUAAACCUGAAAAUCUUCCCAUUCAGGAUGUGCCAGCAAUAUUUAGUGUUACUCAAGAAGAUGGAUUGUACCCAGCAGCUGAACUAAUAACAUACGAUGAAGUCCUAGUUGAAAUGGAAACUAAAUGGAGUGAAAUUGCACCUUUUCUCCUUGAUUAUAAUUAUACUAUCGCUGAUGAAACUAGAAGACAAGAAAUCGCACAAACAGUUAAAAGUUUUUAUUUUGGAAACAAUACUAUUUCAGCAGCAACUAAAGAUCAAAUUGUUCAAAUGUUAAGUGAUAGAAUGUUCAAAGAACCUGUGGUAAGAUUUUCUAAACAUUUAGCUUCGAAAAAUACUUCUCCAGUUUAUUUUUAUGAGUUUGCAUAUCGAGGCCGAGACAGUCUUUCAAACAAGUACACAAAAUCUGGCACAUCUCAAGGAUUAGGAGUAGCUCAUGGUGAUGAUACUAUGUAUAUUAUUCAGACAAAAUAUGGUAGACCACAUGAAGUCAUAGAAGACGCCAAACUAAUUCCAAUCAUGGUUAAUGUUUGGUCAUCAUUUAUAAAAACUGGCAAUCCAAAUAUAAAUAACACUACGUCUUGGCUUCCUGUAUCCAAAAAUCCAGCAGAUCCAUUGAAAUUAGUCAAAAUCACACAAAAUCAAACGUUUGAACCUAUGGAAUUACCAAAUUUAGGAAACAGUGCGUUUUGGAGAAGUUUGCCAUUGAGUGAUUUUCCUAUAGCUGUCUCACCUGACUCUGUUACUUCUCAUGCCGAACUUUAAAUAACCAACAAAAAAUCAUAUGAAAAUUAAUGUUUUGAGCAUAAUUUGUACAAAAUAUAAAGUAUUAUACAUUAUUUAUAUAUAAAUUAUAAAUUAUAUUUAUUAUCUAUAUUAUUUUAUGUAACACUAACUUUUAUAUAAUUUUAAUAAAUAAUCUAUUUCAACACUAACAUAAAAAUAUUGUCUAUUAAUUUUUCAAUAAUAAAAUUAAAUAAUGAUUAAUGUGAA